AUGCGCUCCCUCCUCCUCACCAAACCCGAAGGUUCUCUCAAGCCGAGUCUUUCCUUCACCACCAAGCAGCCAGUUCCAGUGCCUCCUCCGGGACACUUGCUUGUCAAGGUCCACGCCUCUGCUAUUCAACCCUCCGACAGCUUCAACGCCCUAGGCGGCUUUGGCUCAACCACGUUUCCACGAAUUCCUGGGCGAGACUUUUCUGGCAUCGUUGUCGCCUCUGGUGAUGCUGAACCCUCUCCGCUUCUAAACUCUGCCGUUAUCGGCACUUCGGGCUUCACUCACGCUUUUACGGAGGAUGGAUUUCACGCCGAAUAUGCUGUUGUGCCUACCGAUGGUGUUGCGCCAAAGCCAUCAGCCCUCACCCAUACACAGGCAGCCACCAUCGGAGUUCCCUUCACAACAGCAGCUCUCAUGGUUAAGCGCUCAGAUGCUGUGAAGGGGGAUAAAGCACUUGUCUUGGGUGCUCGAGGUGCUGUUGGCAGUGCGGCUGCAAUUAUGCUGGAGGAGCUUGGCUGUCAGGUUAUUCGAGCCGUUCGUGGACCUGGAGCCGAUGUCGAUACCAGCGCCGAUCCCGAGUUGCUCGCGGUGCAAGAUCUGACCAACAAGAAGGGUGUCAAUGUCGUAAUUGACACAGUUGGCGCCCCAGCUCUGACAGCGGCCGCCAUCGACAGCGCCCUUGCUCACGGUGGCACACUGGUCUUUAUCGCGGCGCCAAAAGGUGGAAGUCCGACGUUGACACUCAAGAUGCGAGACUUUUACCGCGCUGAGAAGAGCCUCAUUGGCAUCAACUCGGUGGCACACAAGAGCAGUGUGAUGGCUGGGCUGCUUCAAAGUCUUGAGCCCAUCUUUCAGAAUGGCAAGUGGGAGCAAGCUGACGAUGGUAGAUGGAAAGAGGUCACGUUGGAAGAUGCAGAGAAGGUAUAUCUAGACCAUGCACCAGGCGAAAAGUUUGUCAUCAAGAUACAGGACUAG